AUGAUGGAAAUAGAAAGCAUAAAAAUGAAAUCAAUAGAUGAUAAUUCAGAUUUGGCUAGUUGUAUAUAUGAUAUUAACAAACCAAUUUCUGACGGAACAACAAUAAUCGGUAUAAUUUAUAAUGAUGGUGUUAUGCUAGCAUGCGAUACAAGAACUUCAUCAGGCACAUUAAUUAGUAAUAAAUGCUCAAGAAAAAUUAAUAGAAUUAAUGAAAAUAUUUAUGUCUGUAGAAGUGGAGCUUCUGCUCAUAGCCAAAAGGUAAUUGAAAUUAUAAAACAUUAUUGUCUAGCAAUGAAAAGUGAAAAUAGAAAAAAGGGAAGAUUUCAUGAAGAUGAUUCUUUAAGUGAAGAUGUUAAUGACGAAGAUAUUGAUAUAGAUAAGAUUAAUAAUACAGAUAAUAAAAGCAUUACAAAUUCAAUAACUAAAAAUAAAUAUUUUUAUGAUGACAAAUUUAUGGAUUAUAACCCUUUAGUAGAAAACGUUGCAUACAUUACUAAAAAACUCAUUUAUGCAAAUAAUAACUUUUUAUCAUGUGCUCUUAUAUUAGGUGGUUAUGAUAAAGAAAAAAAGCAGCAGCUUUAUUCAGUAAAUUUAAAUGGAAGCAUAAUCCCAAAAUUUGAUUUUGCAGUUAGUGGAAGUGGUAGUAUAUAUAUCCAAUCUUAUUUACAAGACAAGUAUAAAAAGAAUAUGAGUAAAAAGGAAUGUUUUUAUUUAAUUUUAAAUUGUGUUAAAUAUGCUAUAUAUAAUGAUAAUAGUAGCGGAGGUAUUGUAAGAAUUGUUAAUAUAACAAAACAUUAUGUUGAAGAAUUUACAGUAACGAACACACAAUUAAAUUUUGAUUACUAA